AUGUCCCUCUCACCCGCAAUUAAAUCAGUACUCUCCACACCCACCUCCACCUCCACCUCCUCCUCCAAGCAAUCCAUGUCCCUCGCUCUAAUCGCCCUCUCCAGUUCUUCCUCCUCUCUCCAGUACGCCGACACAGUCUCACCCUCACCAAUCACGCUCCUCAACAUGCGCUUCCUGCAGACGCGAAUCGACCAUCUCCGCAUCAAGCUCGAGCACCAUCAGGAGCGCCACAAUGCCCUCGAGCUGAAGGACGCCGAAUUGUCGCUCAAGAUGCUCAAGCACGACGAGGCCGGGCUGUAUCAUUUCUACCUGGCGGCGGAGCGCGCCAAGACGAGGGAGGCGAUGGAGAAGAAUAGAGAUAAGUUGAAGGGCCUUAAGAAGAAUCUGGAUGAGCUGUUGUUGAAGAAUUAA